UGAAUUUCAUGACGUCACGUAAAAGUCCACAUGCUGUAUUGCCCAAUAUCUGUAAAUGACUGUGUUGACGCAUAAAAUCUCAUAAAAUGGCUUCAACAAACAAUCAAAACAGUGCCCCAGAUUCUUGGGAUUCAGAAAUGAACGAGGAACAAGUUGAUGAUAAGUUGAACAAACCGCUAUCUGCCCUAAAUAUCAAUGCACCUGCGUUCGUUCCCGGACAGAAUCCAUAUGCAGUUAGCUUUGUGCCUUCCGGUGUGCCAGAACCGGCCGAUGAAACAUCUGCAGAAGGUACAAAACCAGCAACUGAAACAGAAAUGGCAGUCGAUGAAGAUGCAGGUGGGGGAAAAGAAGGUGGUGAAGAAGUUGCUGAUGAUUGGGGAGCAGAGGAGGAGGAUGAGGAAGGAGAUAUAGAUGAAGAUGAGGAAAUAGAAGGGGCAGGAGAUAUUGAGAAACCGAAGAAAAUUGCUGUUACAUCAGAACCUAAAGUCAAGAAGGCUCAUAUGAAUAUUAUCUUCAUUGGUCAUGUUGAUGCAGGCAAAUCUACCAUUGGAGGGCAGAUACUGUACCUUACUGGUAUGGUAGAUAAAAGAACACUGGAAAAAUAUGAACGAGAAGCCAAAGAGAAGAACAGGGAAACUUGGUAUUUGUCGUGGGCAUUAGAUACUAACCUAGAGGAGAGAGAGAAGGGUAAAACUGUGGAGGUGGGCAGAGCUUACUUUGAGACAGAAAACAAACAUUUCACCAUCCUUGAUGCACCAGGUCACAAAAGUUUUGUUCCUAACAUGAUUGGAGGGGCUUCACAAGCAGACAUAGCCAUUCUGGUGAUAUCUGCAAGAAGAGGAGAGUUCGAGACUGGUUUUGAGAGAGGAGGACAGACAAGAGAACACGCUAUGUUAGUGAAAACAGCUGGAGUGAAAAAACUUGUAGUUGUAAUUAAUAAAAUGGAUGACCCAACUGUACAAUGGGCAGAGUCUAGGUACAUGGAAUGCAAAGAUAAAUUAGUUCCAUAUCUAAAGAAGUGCGGCUUCAAUCCUAAAACAGAUCUAAUAUUUUUCCCAGUAUCUGGUUUAACGGGAGCUUUUCUACGUGAUGUCCCUCCAGAAGAUAUUUGCUCAUGGUACAGAGGCCCAUCAUUGAUUGAAUAUUUAGAUGGACUUCCAGCAAUCAGUCGAGCAUUAGAUAAACCUUUCCGUAUGCCAGUGGUAGACAGGUACAAAGACAUGGGUACAAUAUUGAUUGGCAAAGUGGAAUCUGGAAUCUGCUCUAAAAACCAGAGCGUUUUACUCAUGCCAAAUAGGUGUACAGUAAAGAUUAUGCAGUUAUGGUCCUAUGAUGAGGAAACAGAUGAGGUUCAUCCAGGAGAAAAUGUCAAAUGUAAAGUGUCGGGAAUUGAAGAAGAGGAUGUAUCUCAAGGCUUUGUGAUAUGUGCGUUAGAUGCACCUUGUAAUACAGGUAGAAUAUUUGAUGCAAAGAUAGUGAUACUGGAGCACAAGUCAAUCAUCUGUGCAGGUUAUAGUGCUGUGUUACAUCUUCAUACUGCAGCGGAGGAAGUGACCAUUAAAAACCUGAUAUGUUUAAUAGACAAAAAAUCUGGUAAAAAGACUAAAACACGAUUUAUAAUGCAAGACCAGAUUGGUAUAGCUCGAUUCCAUGUGAAUGCUGGUGUGAUCUGUAUGGAGACAUUCUCAGACUUCCCUCAGAUGGGUAGAUUUACAUUACGAGAUGAAGGUCGCACAAUAGCCAUAGGUCAAGUAUUAAAAGUAAUAGAAUAAACAAUAACAUAGGCCAUUACCAAAUUGAAGACGACUACAUCGCAUCGGGAUAUGGAACAUUCUGCUCAUGUAUAAAUGAAGAUAUAAACAUUGUAUUCACCACAUUGCAGGGGAUACUAAUGCAGCUCUGGACUUCAGCGAUAAUGAUUUGGUGCUUCUUGUAUGGUGUUGUGUCGAUGCAAUUCUUUAUUCUGUUCCAUUUAAUGCGCCAUAUAAGAAUCAACGAUGUGGUGCAUUUGUAGGAAAUGUGACUUUGCUAAUCAAAUCAAGUAGCAAUUACUACUGCAGAAGAGUUUCAACAAGCUGUAUGCUUGUUUCUUUUGUAUAUGCAUUGAGUUCAGUUGUGAACAUCAGUAAAUCAUGAACAUUAUAGCUUUAUUUUUCUGCAGACUGGAGUUAAUGUACCCGAAGCUGGGUUUUUGUGGAUGUGUAUGUAGUUUGUAUUCUCAGGUACUGCUGCACAGGAGGACAGUCUACCUUGUGUUCACCAUCAAUUACAGAUAUGCUUAGUACUGGUCCAAUCAUCCUGUCAUUUACGGAGUUCUGUCCCUUAUUUAUCUCGUUUCUUCUCUUUGUCUUAAAUGUGUGCAAGCUUAAAUAGAUUCUUGCCAUUUGCUUUAUAAUAACACUUUUUCCAGUUUUGCUGCAAGGUCAUUUAAGAUCAGUCUUCAGAAUAUUUUUUUGCUGAUUUUUGAAUCUCUUAAGAAAUUGGGAGUGCAUGCAAAUAGAAUAAAUGUGGUUCUUAGUAGUAUAAUGAACUGUUACAGGCUACUUAAUAGGAACAACUUGCAAAGAUUGAUAAAUACAAAUGUAACAUGAAUGAUAUUUUGGAAGCUGAAAUGUACUGUUGUGAGCAGAAUUUGAUCAGCAGAGUGGUGUUAGCAAGAAAUUGACAUGACAGAGACUUACCGGUAUUGUAAAUGUUCCUUUCAAUGAUAUGAAACCUUGUACAUUUAUAAAUGAAUACAGAGAUGAAAAAUGAGAUGGUAUUCAAUUUUGAUAGCUCUCUUUAGCAUAAAAUGCACUUGACAACAGUUAUUGUGGUCCAUUUUUUUUGAAGAUGACAAAUCUCUACAAUGUUAAUGUAUAUACAGAAACAUUCCAUAUAGAGACUCUCAGUUUGUUACUCAAACUAACUGAAUGGGAUGUUGACAUUCUGCUGAAGAAUUACAGUACUAUUGUAUAUGUAAUGGAAUAAAAUGUUUUAAAAAUAGAAAAGAUAACAUUUUUACACAUGUGGGCAUUGUGAGGAUAUCAACUGUUCAAACUUUACAAGCAAUGGCCUUUCAUUUUAACAAUGGCCUAUAAUAGAAAGUUGGGAAAAGUCAACAUCAUUUUUGGACAUUAGUUAUUGAAAACAAUGAGAAAUGCAAUGCUGCUUUCUUGUCAAGUUUGUAGGGUAAUUCUCUACCUCAUUGAUGACUGCCAGCUGUAACAAGUUGUACUUUCAAACAUCUUUUCACUGGUUGGUAUGCACCAGUAUUUCAGUUGAAAUGUCUUUGUUUUUAUCCAGUUAAGGCUUUUGAAUAGUUUAUCGUUGCUGCUAAGGCCCUAAAAACAGGUCUUUGUUAUCCAACUUAUGGUAAAUAAUUGAUGACAUCAGAUUUAAACAAUACAAACAAAAAGUAAUUUCAGAUGAUGAGAAUUUUGUUAUGCUUUUGUUAAUCUAAAGGCAGCCAUAGUCUUAGAUAUUUAUAAAUUACCCUGCUGAGAAGUUUGACAGUUCCAAAUUAUUUUUGCAGAUUGUGUUGAAUGUAUCAUUUAACACCAUGUUAUUGUUUAAUAUUGCUAACUGUGUUCAUACAUGUAAAAUAGAAAAUUACAAUGUACAUACGAACCUCUUGUUGAAUUAUUCAACCUUAAGAAAAUAGGUUGUACUGAAAGGAUAAGGAAAUUUGUGCUAUAUUUUGAUAGUGCUAGUUUAUUUAUGUUACAAUUACUGUUUAUAAAUAUUAUUUUUGUGUAUAAUAUCAUUUUAUUAUGCAGGUUCUUUGUGUUUUCAGGAUUACACACCCAUGUAAGUUUUGCCUGACCGAGAUUUAGUUCUAUUCAAUGAGUUUGCACUUCAAGUCUUCUUUCUGAAUUUUAUCCAGCAUUUAUUUUUAUUUUCUUUACCUUUAUUUGCAUUAUGCCAUGUAUGGUAAAUUUGUCUGUUGAAAAAUAAACUUGCUGUUGAAAAAAAUACCUUGAAGAAAUUUGAUAAAAUUCGUCAUUGUUACGGAUUACUUAAAAACACAAAUAUGUUAUUGUUAACAAUGUACUUCCUGUUAUAUGUUCUGAUAAUUUUAUGUUCAGAUAAAAAUCUUUAUGGCAUGUUAACCAAAAUAGUGCAUUUGAUUGUCAAUAAUGGAUAUAUGAUUGGAAAUUUUGCACCAGAAAAUGAAAUGAAUUUAGAUUUUGGAAUGAACUGUUCACAUUUUGAAUGUAAAGAACUUUAUACAUGUGUACUUUUUACCUUGCUUUUGCCAAACAUUUUUGAGUAAACAUUGUCAUUUAAAGAAGUCUGUUGCCUCGUCUGAUAUCCUUUAUUUUCUGUAUUUAAGUUAUAUUGAAACAGGUUUUUAGUGUCUUUGCAUGUGUAAAGGCUGUUGAAGGGUUGCAAAUGAUACUUUAAUGUUUCUGCAACAUAUUUGUUCCACCAGUAAAUUCGAUUAACAGUUGUCAGCUAUUGUUAAUACUAUUACUAUUGACAUUUUUGGAAUAUCAUUCAUUAUAUUAAAUGAAUCUGUACAGUAAAUCAGUUCAGGUAAUUGGUGAACAAGAUUUGUACAAUAUUUAUUCAAUACAAAAUACCGUUGAAUUAAAGAAAUUUUAAAAUUUG